AUGUCUAACUCGACUCAUUCUUAGUGGAAGUUGCCAUUAAUGCACUUUAUUGCUCAACUUGUGUUGCUUUGGGUAAAGCGCAUCUUUUACUUUUCCUAAUUCAGCAUAUACUAGUAGAUCAGUAAGAGCGCUUGGAAGAAUAAGUUUAAAUUCUUCAAAUAGCGUAUGAACGUCCUUAAGCAAUCGCAUAUGCUAUAUCAGCAAACAUAAUGGACCCUCAUUUCAUUUCACAUCAGUUAAUGUAUAUUCUACUUUUAACUGAUGAUUUGA